CUUUAGUGUAGAAAGUUCAAUCACAAAGUGCAGUUGGUAUAAAGAAAAAUAGUGUGUUUGGAAGAAGAGUAAACGUUUAACACGUUGCGUAUAGAAUUGAAAAAAUGGAAAUCGAUAUGGUUGACAAUUAUGAACAAUUGAGACAUUUAUCAAAUCCUGUCGUGCAACAAUUAGACGAUGAUAUGCAGCUGACAUUGAUAAACCUUCCUGACGUUUGUUUGGAGGCGAUCCUGUCUAACCUCUCUUACGAUGAGAUUUCUAAAUAUAGGAUUGUUUGUAGACAAUUCAAUCGGAUUUGCAAGAAGUUACUUAAUCGUGGUUUUAAUUUGAUGGAAAAAUACCAUGCACAGUGCCUUCGCGCAGUCAAGAGUAAAUUACCGAGGAGAGAAUCCGAGAGAAGAAGUCACCCUCUCGCACGUCAUUGUGACAUAUUGACGGCGAUUGAAACACGAAUUUCCAUGCUAUCAAUGACAUUCAUUAAAUAUGUGGAUCUGAACGUUUGUUGUUUUAUUCCAGGAAAGGUGAUUGAUGAAAUUUUUCGUGUCCUUCGAUUAAUUCGAGAAACAAAGACACCACCUAGAGCACACGAAAUACUUCAAGAGCUCCGUGAUAUAAGCAGUAUGGCUAUGGAACAUUUUGAUGAGAAGAUUUUGCCAGAUUUAAAGCACAAUAUUUGCACAUCCAUGAUCGGAACUGUAAACUCGUACGAUUUACCUAGCGGAAUCAUGAUCUCCUCCAAUAGAAAUAACUCUGCACUGCCACAUUGCAACAAUCACAGCUCAAGCUGCUCGGAGAAGCUAAACCAAACAUUUAAGAAAGUUAACAAUCGUAUGAAGAGGAAUAAGAUAUUUUUCCUGUCUGUGAGAAAUCAAAUGAGCAGAAUAAAGCUCAGAAUGCAGAGGCAGGAUUAUCAGAUACGAAUGCAAAAUUUAAAAUUGCAGAAACAAAUGAGAAAGAUACAUGACCAAGACAUGCAGUUGGCCGAGAUGCGGAAGCAUCUUGAGGAAUGGGAGCAGAAAAUGGUCGAUUUGACUACCGAAUUGAGCCGGGCGCGAGAAGAGACUCAGAAUCCGGAUUCGUUGGAAAGUCGCAAGCGAAAAGCGCACAUCGACAUUAUCAAUACUGACGCCGAGACGCUUCAACAGACGAAUGAGUUGCAUGCUAAGAAGCGGAAACUUAUAGUGGAAAGAAAAUUGUCAAGUGACGCGCAGGACAUGAAGUUUAAGAAAUUUAUGUCGGAAUUACUUGCGAAAACUGCGUUAGAUAAAUACCUCGUUGGUCCGUCGUGCUCGCGUUAAUUUGGCUUUUCUACUUAAUAUUUUUAUUGCACGAAAAUUUUGUGCAGAAUUAAGGCUCCUGGUUCCUCGCCUCUGACGUCACAAUCUAACGUGGCCAUGGCGAGAACUCGGAAGCCUUAAUAUAUUCUUUAUAUGAAAUUUUUUAACUGUUAUAUAAUAUAAAAUAG